CGGCAGAUAAUAUUGCUUUUAACGAUUUUUUACCAAAACACAAUUCCUUAUCUCUUAUCGUAUACUAGAUUUUAUCAAAACAGUAAAAGUCUGUGUGACUGUGUAAUUUGAGUUGAUUUACUCGAUUUCUUAUCAAAUUUUAAUGGAGAAUGCUAUUUCUAUUUUGAACUUUAUGUUGUUUCUAUUUACUAUUCCUUUCGGGGAUUUUACUUUAAACGGGACUCUUAAUGACGGGAAAUUCUCUAUACCGAGAACUCCUAUAGAAAUCUUAUUUCUUCCUAUAUGUUGUUGCCCAUGUGAAGGAUCUAACGACACCUACGAAAAUAUUUCGUGUUAAAGUCAAUAAUCCAGAUACCACUAGGUUUACUUUAUGAUCAUAUUAUGAUGUCAUUAUGUCUUAUAUAUCUUGCAUUGUUUGUUGUAAGGAGCCACGGAGGUUCUGUAUCUGAAUUACAAGAACCUCCCCAACCAAAGCAAGCAACCAACACAGAUGUUUCAAUAUCUGUUGUUGUUGAAAAUAUAAAAGUUUGGUCAAUGGUGAACAACAGAGCCAAGAGGUCAACACAGUUAUCUGUUGAGAGUCGAAACACUUUUCCCAAAAACCAGAUUACUGACCAGCAUCCUGGGAAUCCAGGUAAUAUUAUGGAUCUUAUAUCCCUAAUAUCCUUACUCCUCCUACUUCCAGUUUGGUGUUUGGUGUUUUGGACUUUAGAUGUUUAUCAAACAUAUGAGAGAGAUGACUUAACCCUUGGAUGGAAAUUACUUUUGAUUUUGUUUUCAAUUCUCAAUAUUCCAAUGUUUGUUUACCUCGUGUUCGAAAUACGAACUAAAAAGAAUCAAAAAAGAGUAUCGCCCAAGUCAUGCUUUGGCAAAGAUUGGAAUUGUUGGUUUAUAUUUUGUGUUUUCCUUCCUUUACUACUCGGCAUCAUCAUGUUUCGAAUGUGGUAUUCGAAGAUAUUUAAACCAUAUAAUCUUCGUGAACCAAAACACCGGGUUCUACUAUCUAUCUACAUUGUGUUGGGCUUCCCAAUGCUUGUGUAUUAUCUUGUUGAUUAUUGUACUUAUGUCAAAAAGAACAAUGGGAGUACAACAAGGCCUUCCUUUCCUAACCCAACCACAACCACAAUGGGAAAAACGUCAACCAAACCAGAUGCAGGUUUCAAUGAAGUCACAGUAAUUCCUAACGAAUAUACAAGUGAAUUCAGCAGUUGUUCAUCAUUGAGUUCUUUACCAAGAUCUCCAUCAGUAAGGAAUGUUUAUAAAGGUGAAGCUGAAGUUGAUGUUGGUCCAAUAUAUGACCAACCACCAGGUAAAAGUGAUCAAUCAGUAAGGAAUAUACAUAAAGUUGAAGUUAAUGUUGAUCCAAUAUAUGACCAACCACCCGAUCAAUCUUUUAGGAAUAUACAUAAAGGUGAAGCUGAAGUUGUUGAUCCAAUUUAUGACCAACCACCGGGUAAAAGUGAUGCUUAUGUACAAAAGGAUCAAAUGCCCAAUACUUCAGGCACACCCACAAUAAUAUAUGAUGAACCAUAUGAAUGUCCUAUUGUACCGGGAAACAAUGGAAACAUGAUAGUGACAUCACAAUCUAUUCUUUACGAACAAUCUCCCGUUAAUCAAAAUUACAAAGAAACAGAAUAUGAAAACACAAGACGUGAGAAACGUUCUGACUUUCCACCUUUGCCAAACCUUCCCCCACCUUUACCAAUAGAUGAACCAAUGUACAUGGAGACACAAAAUUAACGGACAGUGGCACAUAAAUAAAUGUGUUAUCAACAUAUUAUGCAUUGUACUGUGGGAUGAGAGGGGACACCUUUAGCUCAUAAUAUCCAAAUAUCCUGAUUGUGUUUUAAACAAUUAACAACUGCUAUGGGGGAAGUAAGGAUACGGUUUUAUAAUUUUUUCUUUGUGUACGACCAAAUAAGACGAAAAAUGAAUAAAAAGGCGUCCCAUCUUCCCCAACCUACUAUAUGUUGGUUUCCUUUGAGAAUAGAAGAUUGGGUGUUAAUGGAUGAUUUGAUGUAUAACAUCAACAAGCCACCUAAUUUAAAUUACCUUUUGUUAUGUUUAUCAUUUAAUGAUGUUAUAAGGGUCUAUAAUAGAAAUGGGCAUAUUCUUCUUUAAAUACUGUACGAGUAAAACCACACCCAUACAUAAUAUAUACUGUGAUAAAAUGUCUGUGUUGCAAGUAUAAAGGUUACCGAAUGACUUAUUAAAGUGUAAACAUGACUUGUUUACCUUUGUCU